AUGCCAGGUUACGUUUUUUGUAGCGUAACAUCGGCAUGGAAUAAAAUUUUCCUGAUGGCAUUUUAUCAUAAAAAGAACGGUCGAUCGAAAUAUCGGAUGUACGAGGAAAAAGAAAUGUGGAAUUUUCUUUAUAGACAAUUAAAACAAGGUAAAAGUGUUGCAUUUAAACCGAAAGGGAACGCAUUGUGGCAAGAAUUGGAAUUAUCAGGUCGAAUUAAUAAGUCGGCUUCAUCAAUGACUACGCAUUUUCGUCGACAUAUGUACGAUCGAAUUGAAUAUGCACCUCUUUCCUUGAAGCAUUUACUUUUUAUCGCUUAUAAACUUUCAAUGACAUUGAGAAAAACUCAAAUAGAAUGGAUCGAAAGCAAGUUUGGCGCACAAAUUCUAUUAAGUGCGAAUACUAUAAUUGGCUAUGAAGCAAAUGGGCAACGAUAUUACUUUGAAUUUCCUGAUUCUGAAAAGGAUUCUGAUGAUAGUGCUUGUGAAAUGGAAGUUGAUGCAAUAUCAAGUUUGAAUGAUUCGGAGAAAUAUGUUAGCGAUGAAUCAAGAUUAACAAGUCGAUGUAAAAGACCUGAUCGUUCUGUAGAAGCUUGUUCAUGGUUUUUUUCUGAAUCUAUGAAACUUUGUUCAAAAAACUCGCCUGAUUCUAAUGAAUUUCACGAUAUAUCAUGUUCACCAAAUACCAAUGUUGAUUCUCAUGAAAAUGGAGAUAUCGGUUGUGAAGCGUGGGCAAGUGACCUUCAUUUAUGCAUUCAAAAAGUUGAAGUAAAUGAUGAUGAUAGGUUGGAAGCCGAAAGUUCUGAAGACGGAAAUAUCCAACUGAUUAAUGAAAUCGAAAAAGAAAGGGAAUGUAUGAUGGUUGGCAUGGAACAAUUAGAAAUUUUUUCUGGUAUUGAGAAAGCCGCAUCUAUUGCAAUGCUUGCAAGAUUAACGAAAGAAGCCAAAGAACUGAAGGUAAAUUUGCUUGACCUAAUAAAUAGAUAUAUUUCUUCAGAAAAGUGA